CAGGCUGACAACCGAAGUCGCUGCAAAGGAAACCUCAAGGGUGUCACCAUGUCAGAGCGGAUGAAACGCGGGACUUACGACCAUGAAUACCACCACAAACAGAGCCGCUAUGUGGUUAAAGAAUACAGCAGCUCUGAGUCGAAGGAGGAAAGAUAUGAGCACAAAACACGAGUUCACAUCCAAGAGAUGAUUGCGGCGAAGAUGUUGGACAAAUAUGUGCGUGAGCAGCCCAUGAUCAGGGGACCACAUUUCGUGGCCAGACUCAGAUCCCACACUGUGUUUGAAAACAGCUCAGUCAAGAUCUUCUGCACUGUCGAGGGCUUCCCCUCACCUGUGGUGAAAUGGUAUAGAGAUGAUGUCAUCCUGAAUCUGUCCUCUGGAAAGUACCUGGUUGAAGCCAAAGGUGGAGUCCAUUCUCUGGAGAUCCCAAGAUGCUCUACUGAUGACACGGCCCAGUACACGGCUGUGGCAGUUAACCUCCAUGGACAGGCCUCCAGUCAGGCCUCCAUCAUUGUCAAGAGGUUCAAGCUGGAGGAUGAGUCUUGCCCCUAUGCAUGGCUGCCUUACGAGGCUGCAAUGCUUCCCAAGAUCCACUACACUAAAAUCAACAUCACUUUCCUGGAGAAGUUUGGCCCAGUGUUUUCUACUGAGGGAGGAUCUGCCUCUCUGACUGCUACCAUGACUCUGAGCCCCAACCUGGCUAACCUGCAGCCUGAAGCUCAGUGGUACAGAGAUGACACGCGUCUUUCUGACUCCAAAUGGGUGAAGAUUGAAACUGGCAGAGGAGUCACCACCUUGACUCUUCCUAACCUGUACAAAGACGAUGAAGGCCUCUACACACUGCGCAUGGUCACUAAAGGAGGCUCCGCAGAGCACAGUGCAUUUGUCUCUGUCUCAGAUGGUCCUCCCCCAGUCCCCCUUGCACCUGGUGCUCCGAUGGACAUCAAGAUCCACGAUGCCAACAGAGACUACGUGAUUGUGUCAUGGAAGCCCCCAAAUACCACCACAGAGGGACCAAUCCUGGGAUACUUUGUGGACAAAUGUGAGGUUGGAACUGAAAACUGGGCCCAAUGCAACGACCACCCCAUUAAGAUCUGCAAAUACCCCGUGUCUGGGCUGUUUGAAGGACACUCCUACUACUUUAGAGUCAGAGCAGUCAACUCGAAAGGAAUCAGCAAACCCUCCCGCAUGUCUGAUCCCAUCGCUGCACUGGACCCAACUGAGUUUGAGAGGCUCCAUGCCAAAAAACUGGGAGGAAAACUGAAUGUUGUGUCUUACCAUGAUGAAGUGGAAGCUGAUGGAAAGCCUCCAGGUUCUCCAUCAGGGAUGAAUGCCUCAGAAAUAGACAGGACAUAUGUGGUUCUGAGCUGGAAAGCCCCUGCAUACGCCAGCAGCGCUCCUAUGUGGUACUACAUGGAGAAGAGCAUGGCAGGCAGUGGUGCGUGGCAGCGCGUUAACACUCAGGUCCCAAUCCGAUCUCCCCGUUACGCUGUCUUUGACCUGGCAGAGGGCAAAGAGUAUCAGUUCAGAGUUUUGUCUGCUAAUAUCUACGGAGCCAGUGAGCCAUCCGAGCCGACUGGAGUUAUCCACACUCCAGAACUUAAAGGUGUGCCAUCUGCUCCCGGUCAGGUGAUUUCAACCAGGGAAACAGACACCUCUGUCCUCAUCCAGUGGGCUCCUCCAAAAGAACCGAACAACCUAAUUGGCUAUUACAUUGAUCAGUGUGUGAAGGGGUCCAAGGACUGGACCUCAGCCAAUCACAAACCGCGCAAGAGCACCAAGUUUGUGGUUAGCGGUCUGACCAAAGGAGAAACCUAUGUGUUCCGUGUUCAGGCUAUCAAUGAGCUGGGUCUGAGUGAUGAAUCCCAGGAGUCCUCACCUCUGACUGUUAAAGCUGCCCUGACCACCCCCUCUGCUCCUUACGACGUCGGACUGCUAAACUGUGACGGACAUUCGAUGGUUCUGAACUGGAAGAAGCCUCUUCUCUCUGGAGGAACAAACAUCAAGGAAUAUUAUGUGGACAAGAGACGCAGUGGAACAUCCAUGUGGAGGGAAAUUAACAUCCCACCAGUCACAGAAAGAGUCUACAAGGUGGAGGGCUUGACAGAGGGAGCUAUCUAUCAGUUCCACGUGUAUGCAGCCAACCUGGCUGGCCUUGGACCAGCCUCCACACACUCAGCUGACUUCACCUGUGAGGUCUGGAAUAUGCCUGAGCCUGGCCCUGCAUAUGACCUGACCUUCUGUGAAGUGAGAGAUGAUUCACUGGUGGUCGAGUGGCAGAAACCUGUCUACACAGGUUCUGGACCAAUCACAGGCUAUCAUGUAGAGUACGCCAAGAAGGGCUCUUCUGAUUGGACCACAGCCGAUGAGAAAGCUGUCAGUCAUCGCUUCCUCAAGGUAACAGGUCUUGAGGUGGGCACCAGCUACGUGUUCAGAGUGCGUGGCGUCAACGCUGCAGGAGUGGGCAUGGCCUCAAUGCCCUCUGACCCAGUGACUGCCAAGGCUCUGGAAGGUUCCCAGGAGGUGUCCUGUGUUGUGGAUGAAAAGUCUGGGGACAUCGUUCUGUCAUUUGAAUCCUGCCAAAUGAGCGAGGGCUCUCAGUUCAUCUGGAAGAAAGAUUACAAAGAAAUCACAGACUUCUCCAAAGGAGUAGAAAUAAAGACAGAAGGCAGCCAUUCUAAACUGAUCUUUAAGAACGCAGUUAAAGAGGACUUUGGGACAUACUGUGUUUCUGUCACCAAGACAACAGGAGUGUCAUCCAGCUAUACCAUCUCUGCUGAAGAGUUGGCCAAGAUGCUAGCACUGAGCUAUGAUAUCAGACACCCAAUCAUACCGCUGAAAUCAGAGCUGGCCUAUAAGAUUUUGGAAAGAGGCAGAAUGAGGUUCUGGCUGCAGGCUGAAGAGAUUUCUUCCAAAGUCACCUACAAAUUCUUUGCCAACAACAAGGAACUGUCUGGAGCUGAUCCAAACAAGAUGGGUCAUGAUGUCGCUACAGGUAUCAUUGAGUUCAUCAUGGACCAUUUCACUGAGGAGAAUGAGGGAACAUUUACCUGCCAGAUCACAGACGGAGGAGGCAAAGGACAGAGCUCACUGGUUCUGAUCGGAGACGCUUUCAAGGCAGCGCUGGCUGAAGCUGAAUACCAGAGGAGAGAGUACAUCAGAGUCAAGGAGGGUCCCCACUUCAGUGAGUUCCUGUCACUUCAGGUCGGAGAUGACUGCUCUGUCACUUUGGUCUGCAAGGUUGCUAACCUGAAGAAGGAAUCAGCUUUCCAUUGGUUCAAAGAAGACACAGAGAUCGUCCCUGAUGUGAAGCCUGACCUGGGAUCAGGAGUCUGUAAACUGCCAAUCAAACUGUUUUCACUGAAGACAGCAGGAAUAUACAAGGCCACCAUCAGUGAUGACAGAGGAAAAGAUAUGAGCCAAAUUGACAUCUCUGGAAAAGUCUUUGAGGAUGCCAUCAACAAGAUCAGCCAGCUGGCUGGAGCCAGUGCAGCCGAGCUGGUGAUUAACUGCACGGCAACAGGCAUUCAGCUGCAGUGUCACAUGAAGUACUACACCUCAGAGAUGAACAUCGUCUGGUAUCGUGGUGAGACUAAACUCGCCCACGGUGACAAGACUGUGAUUGGAGGAAUUCCUUCUAUGGCAACAAUGGAGGUAAUUGAACCAACAGAGAAGGAUAAAGGAACGUACUCCAUCGUGAUCAUCGACCCUGAAAACUCACAUAAACGCACACUGGACCUGAGCGGUGAUGUAUAUGAGAAGGCCUACACCGAGUUCCAGAAGCUCAAAGCCGAGGCCUAUGCUGAGAAAAACCGUGGCCAGGUGAUUGGAGGACUGCCUGAUGUGGUCACUAUCAUGGAGAAGAAGACCCUGAGUUUAACAUGUACAGUGUGUGGAGACCCCAAGCCUCAGGUCUCAUGGCUGAAGAACGGAUCAGAUGUGGAACCUGACGAUCAGUACGUGGUCUCCCUGGACCAGGGCAAGUUUGCCAGUUUGACGAUCAAAGGUGUUUCCAUGGAGGAUUCCGGCAGAUAUACCAUGAUUGUCCAGAACAAAUACGGAGGAGAGUCUGUGGAUAUAGUGGUCAGCAUUUACCGCCACGGAGAGAAACUUCCUGAGGCCAAACCCACACUGACCCCGAAAACAAUCAUCCCACCCAAACUCCCCAUUGAGAUGCCUCAGCCCAAGACCCAGCCUGCUCCUGCCCCCUCCUCUCCUAGCUCCGCCCCUCCAAAGGCUACAGCAGGAAGAGGAAUGAAGAGCCCCACUCCCACGAGGAGGAAGUAGAAAGCAUGACAAUCAACAGUGAGAAAGAAAACCUGUUCAAACACACAGUCCACACAGUCAGUUAUUGGUGUUUGUUAUAUUGAAAAUGAAUUGAGUUUUAAGAUUUCAGUGUACGGAGACAAAACAAAAAAAAGUAUUAAAAUAAAGUUCAAAGCUAGUUCAUGUCAGAAAAUAACGUAUUUAGACAUGAGUUUAAUUAAGUGAAAUUAACUGAAUUCAAACUGAAUAAAAAAUUUGAUGAAAAAUAAAAUAAAUGUUUUUCAUUUCAAUCCUGGAUUCUAAGUUAAACUGAACAAUUGAAUGUGUCAUAUGGGCCGCGGUGUGUACACAUUCAGAGAAAUGUUAUUUGUGUCUGGCUUGAAUAAAGACUGAUUUAAACAGA